AUGCCUUCCAUCAAAGAUCAUGGCCGCCAGUACGACAUCAUUGUCUUUGGAGCCACUGGUGAGUUCCAUUCAUUCAAGGCUGGUCUUCAGACUAACGCUUUGCAAGGCUAUACAGGAAAACUGACAGCUGAACACAUCACGACACACCUUUCAACCGAUCUAAAGUGGGCGGUCGCAGGCCGUAACGAGUCCAAGUUGAAAGCUGUCGUCGAAAAGUGUAAAGAGAUCAACUCUGACCGACUUCCACCAGCAAUUGAGAUUGCGAGCCUAAGUGACAAUGAUUUGAGUGCUCUCGCAAAGAAGACUUGUGUGCUCCUCACCACUGUCGGCCCAUAUUGUUUGUAUGGUGAGCAUGCUUAUAAGGCAUGUGCCGAAGCCGGUACUCACUACGUGGAUGUUACCGGCGAGACUCCUUGGGUUCACAAGAUGAUCAAGAAGUACGAAGCAACUGCCAAAAAGACAGGGGCCAUCCUGAUUCCUCAAGCCGGACUCGAGUCUGCUCCUGCUGAUCUCUAUACAUGGAUCUUGGCUAAGGCACUUCGAACUGAGUUGGGGAUGAAGACAAAAGACGUGACUAUCUCCCUCCACAAUCUCAGCUCGAAGCCUUCCGGUGGCACUCUUGCUACUGUACUAGGCAUCUGGGAUGUUUUCUCACUCAAGGAACUACAAGCGGCCAGCAGUCCGUAUGCUCAGUCUCCUGUCCCGCAUAAGGAGCCUACAAGACCCAAGAGCACCAUUCUCCAAAUGAUUUCCGGUGUUCGGACUGUACCAAACCUUGGACUCUUGACUACGUCUGUUAUGGGUUCGACCAAUGUUGCAGUUGUUGAACGCACCUGGGGUCUGUUGUCCGAGACGCCAUCAUGCAAAGAAGAGUUCUACGGCCCCAACUUUGUCUGGGCAGAGCAUAUGAAAGCUCGCAACUGGCUUCACGGAAUAUUCAUCCACUGGGUUCUGAUUAUCGGAGGCGCAUUGCUUGUGUCAGUUGCUCCACUGAGAAGCUUUCUCAAGAAGUUCGUCUAUCAGCCUGGAGACGGUGCCCAAAUCGAAGACACAGCGAAGGACGAAGUCGAGUAUCGUGGCAUCGCGUAUCCUGACUCUGACAAACCCGUCGGUAAAGCGGCUUUCGGCCGCAUGUGGCAUAGCGGCGGUAUUUACCUUUUGACAGGUACGCUUCUUGCUGAGAUUGCAGCCACGCUUCUUGAAGACGACGUCCAACUCGGCGGAGGAUCGUAUACACCAGCUUGCUUAGGCCAAGGUCUAGUUGACCGCUUGGAAAAGUCUGGACUCAAGUCGGAUGUCAAGAUUAUUGAUGUUUAA